AUGUCGUUGCAAACCGUCUACCGACUGACCUCACGGACUGGAUUUGAUGGUCUGAAAUCUUUUCGAGAACCUGUGCCCUCUGCCAACAAGCAUGAGAUCCUCGUUAAGGUGCGCAGUGUUGCCUUGAACUUCCGGGACAUUGCCAUUGCCACCGGCACCUAUCCAGUCCCGGUUAAGGAUCAUGUAGUUCCUUGCUCAGACAUGGCCGGUGAGGUUGUGCAAGUGGGCGACGGUGUGAAGAAUUUUGCAGUGGGUGAUUUAGUCAUCGCGCCAGUCAGCCUAGAUACACUCUAUGGCCCAGUCAAGGAUGGUGCGGAUAGUCUUGGUGGCUCCGAGGACGGUGUACUCCGGGAAUACCUCCCUCUACAGGGGAAUGCCGCCAUCAAACUACCCAAGUCUAGCCACAGCCUCAAUGAGUGGGCUGCCACGGUAACUGCCGUGUAUACAGUGUGGAAUGCCUUUUAUGGCGCUAGGCCGCUUAAACCUGGCGAUGUAGUGUUGGCAUUAGGGACUGGAGGAGUUUCCAUCAUCGCGGCAAUUCUCGCAAAGGCCGCUGGUGCCACCACCAUCAUCACCUCUUCCAGUGACAAUAAGCUAGAGCAAAUCAAGUCAAAGUACGGAGUCGAUCACAUAAUCAACUACAAGACAUAUCCGGAGUGGGCCAAAGAGGUCUUGAAGAUCACAAACGGUCAAGGCGUGGAUCAUGUCAUCGAGGUUGGCGGUGUCGGGACCAUUGAACAGAGCAUCGCAUCGGUGGCAUAUGGGGGAACAGUCUCCGUUAUUGGGUUUCUGGCUUCACUCACUGACGAUGUGAUGCCCAACGUCACGCUGCAGACCCUGCUCAAGGGCGCCACCCUUCGCGGCGUCCUGGGAGGUUCGAAGCAACAACUUGAAGAGGCUGUCCGAUUCAUCGCCGCGCGAAACAUACCAAUUCCCGUCGACAAGACAUUUCCAUUUACCAAAGAGGGCAUCCGUUCCGCUCUCGAGUACAUAGCUUCGGGUCAGCAUACGGGCAAGCCUAAAACCUGGGGAGAUUUUGAGUUGAUAAAACUUGAUAUUGCUGACCUCGACUUCUAUGUGCCCCUCUUGCAUCUGUGGGCCCUGUUCGAGACCAUAGGUCGCCAUGUUAUGGGCAACCCACUGCUGGAAGCGAUCAAUGAAACAGGAUCAGGGAGUCUGAAUACGGACUAG